GUGUGAAUGUGAGUGUGAAUGGUUGUCUGUGUCUAUGUGUCAGCCCUGUGAUGACCUGGCGACUUGUCCAGGGUGUACCCCGCCUUUCGCCCGUAGUCAGCUGGGAUAGGCUCCAGCUUGCCUGCGACCCUGUAGAACAGGAUAAAGCGGCUAGAGAUGAUGAGAUGAGGUACAUAAGCCACGCCUCCUUCACGGCCUAUGUGUGUGUGUGUGUAGGUUCGGUUCGGUUCGGUUCACGCACUGCAGAGGCCGCGCCUCUGUUCUCUCCUCUGUUCUUCCUUGGCCGUGAUCGGGGCACAGUAUCUAACACACACACACACUGCAGAUCGGCGUGAGUGCGCGCGGAAGGUGGGCGGGGUUUGAGAAACAGAGGGCUCCCGUUUCCUGCUCUCUCUCUCUCUCUCGGUGUGUAUACUCGGUGACAGGCGGUCAGAUAACAGAGGUGUGUGUGGUGCAGCGGCAGGAGCGUCCUGUGUGAGUGAAGAGCAUGAGGAGAUGGAUGUGGAUCAGUGUGAUUAUUCCGAUGAUCCGUGGGUGAUCACGGCAGAGCAGUUGGAUUAUUACACACAUCAGUUCCUCAGUCUUCAGCGUGACUUGACCGGCCUCAUCCUGGGCCCUGAUGCAAAAAACUUCUUCACAAAGUCGAAGCUGCCCAUCCCUGAGCUCUCUCAUAUAUGGGAGCUGAGUGAUGUGGAUCGGGAUGGAGCCCUCACCUUUCCCGAAUUCUGCACGGCGUUUCACCUGGUAGUGGCACGGAAAAACGGUUAUGCACUCCCUGAUCACUUGCCGCACACGCUCCUCUCAGCUUUCAGACCUCCACCUCAGGACUUGCAGCCUUUCAUCUUGUUUGAGGAUGCAGAAACACUCAGGCAAAAGGAAAAGGGCAUUAUCACCCAACAGGACGUCAGAGAGGAAACACAUAAGCAAGAAUUCAGUCAGGAGAGAGCAGAUCAAAACCAGCCGAUACAGCAAAACAUCUGUUUAAAACUAGAUCCUCCUAAUGCAUUGGAUGUUAAUGCAAAAUCAAGAACAAGGCCCAGGUCUUACUCCAGUACCUCUAUAGACGAUGCUAUGAAGAAAUCAGAAGAGCCUCCGACUCCUCCACCACGUCCUCAGAAAACACACUCUCGUGCUUCAUCACUGGAUCUAAAUAAACUCCUGCAGCAGGGUGGAACAAGCGGAUGGCUUCCUCCUCCUCCUGCGCUUCCACCUCGAACUCUGACCUCACAGACGCCUCAUUUCCUCCCCGGGGUGGACCAAAACUCCCAGCAUGCCAUGCAGCAGCCUUAUUUUGCAGACUUUAACAAGUGCAGGGUUCAAGAGGAUUCCAUGGUGCUCUCCCAAAGCCACACCCCUCAGAAACCCACACGCAGAAAAGUCCACUCGGAAUGCCAGAACACCAAUCAUGGAAUGGGCGUGGUCUAUCCAAACCCCGCCUCUUCAUCAGUGCCCAAGCUGGGUCAAAGGAAUUUGUGUGUGUGUGUGUGUGUGCACACGUGCGUGUGUUGCAGGCAGAAGAGAGAGAUUCAGACGGCCAUCAGGAAGAAUAAAGAAGCAAAUGCAGUGCUGAAACGCCUCAACAGUGAACUGCAACAACAGCUAAAGGAGAUUCAUCUACAGAGGGUUACUUUAGAGUCUCAGCUGGACCUGCUGCGUCCAUCAGCCUCGACCUGACCACCUGAAACACACACACACACACACACACACACACACACACACACACACACACACACACACACACACACACAGAGAGUCUGGAACACAGAAUAAAUGCACACUGUGUAAGAGAAAAA